AUGUGGUUGGGCAACAUGCCCAGUAAACAAGGAGGUUCCCAAAGGAAGGUGGCAUUUGGCAGUUGCCAAGACCGACCGGUGUUCCCGACACAUUUUGCCCACGACAGAUUGGGCAACAAAUUGUUACUGCGCGGACUCCCGCACCUCGGCCCUGGCUGCUAUGACAGUCACACAUGGGGCACCAUUGCUUAUGAACUGAAGAGACCAGGGAUCAAGGGAUACACUCUGUCAGCACGGACUGCAGUCCGCUUUCCAGCCCUCAAAGAGUCCACCACUCCGUCCCCCCAGACGUAUCAGAAGGACUGGAUAAAACCCAAGCGGAUGCCUCCCUCCCGGUUUCCUUUCCACUCUUCAGAACCCAGGUUCAAGAACCAGAAAGUCACCAGGGACACUAACCCUGGCCCAGGGACAUAUGCCCAUGAGACAGUCCAGAACAGGAAGGUGUCCUGGCCAAUGAAAUUUGGUGCAACGGAUUGGAGUCAAGUGCUCCAGCCACAGAAGAUUACUCUGAGGGCUGAGGCUCCUUCUGAAAGGGACUUCAAGAAGAAGAGGGAUAAAACGGCACACCUGGGUCUGUACUAUGACUGA